AUGGAGAAGAACCAAAACCCUAAUACCUGGUCGGAUCUUCCUCUAGAUCUCUUGAACUUAGUUUUCAAACGCCUCAGCUUUGCUAAUUUUCGACAAGCCAAAUCGGUGUGUUCGUCUUGGUACUCUGCUUCGAAACAAUCCGUGCCCAAAAAUCAGAUCCCUUGGCUGAUGCUCUUCCCCAAAGACAAAAACAACAACAAAAACAGUUCAUGCACGAUUUUUUUCAAUCCCGAGGACAAAGACCAACUUUACCAAACGCAAGAUCUUGGUGUUGAAUUUGCAAAGAGUGUUUGUCUAGCAACCUAUGGAAGUUGGCUCCUGAUGCAAGAUUCAAAGUAUAAUCUAUACAUUUUGAAUCCAUUCACCUACGAGAAGAUCGGUCUUCCCGCUAUUGAAUCACAACAAGUUGGCAUGGUAAAGGUUGACCAAACCAUAGAUGAUGAUUUUCUAACUUUCGACGAUCACAACCACGUUAAGUUAUUCAAAGGUAAUAAUACCGUACGUACCCCUGUGUUUUGGAUUGACGAGAAAACCAAAGAGUACAUAGCUCUGUGGGGGCUUGGAUAUUGGUGUGUGGUUUAUGCCAAGAACGGAGAUAAGUUGUGGAAUCAAAUUCCAGAAAUUAUUUUAGAUUCUCUUGACAUGGUUUACAAGGAUCACAAGCUUUACUCAUUUAGCUACAGAAAUCUUUUCACAAUCCUAGAUUUUUCUGGAGAGAUUCCUCGAAAAGCCUUUCAAUGUUUUAUGCAUGUCUAUAGAUCUGAGUGGUUAAGUCCUCGUAGUCGUCAAUUAAGUAAUUCAUGGUGCGUUGCUGAGACAAAACUUGUAGUCACAGUAACCGGAGAUGUCCUCUUGGUUGAAAGAAUGUUAAGACAUUGGUCUAGAAUCCAGUCAUUCAACGUCUACAAGUUUUAUUCGUCAGGGACAUUUCUUGAUAAAUAUGAACUUGCUGAUUCUUUGGGCGACGAGGCAAUGCUUUUGGAUCUAGGCAUCACCGUGCUCGCCAAUGAAGUUGAGGGACUCCAUAGAAAUACUAUAUAUUUCAGUGAUAGCCAUGACACGACCACAAAAGAUCUCUUUCUGUUCAAUUACGAGACACGGGAGAUGGAGCCACUGCACAAAUUUGAUUUCGAUUGUUCGUUACUUGAACUCUCUGCUCGAUGGUUCUUACCAAGCUUUUCGCAUACAUGA